AUGCUCUGUCGCAUCUUCCUCUUCACUUCUGCGCUCUGCUUGAUGCAGAUUUCAACAGCACAGCAGCUUUGCUACUAUCCCAACGGGAGGCAAAGCCCCGAUGUGCCCUGCAACAUCUCAGCGCCGGUGAGCAUGUGCUGCGGCUCGGCCAAGGCCUGCUUGUCCAACGGCCUCUGCAUGCUGGACGACACCACCGAGAAUUCCGGCGUCAGCUAUGCGCGCGGGACCUGUACGGACGCUCAAUGGACGAGCGGGGUGUGUCCGAGGCAAUGUCUACUAAAUCAGGACUCUCCAAACAACUCCUCGGCAUACGACUUCCGCAGCAGCGGCGUGCAGGUCUGGGAGUGCGACGCGGUGCUGCAGCACGUCCGCGGCGGUCUUCAAGCUCCCCGCGGCCACGGUUGGGAACGCCUUGAAUCAGGUGUUGGCGGCUACGUCGAGCUCGACGUCGACAUCGGUGGAUUCGACGAGUGUGGAUGGGAAUACGGUUACGGCGCCGCAGACGGCGUCGCUGCAGACGUCGACUGA